AAUCCCCCCCCCCCCAAAACACACAAUAGCCUGUCAAAAAUGUUGAAGUCCUUUCUCUCUCCUCUUUUCGUGUUUCCUACGUUUUUGGUAUUGGGACUCUCUCUCUCUCUUUCUUCUUUUGAACCCAUAAGAUUCGACCUUUUGCUAUUGGGGUUUCUCGAUUCAUUUGAUCACUGCUUUUCUAGACCAUCUCUCUCUCUCUCUCUCUCUCUCUCUCUCUCUAUAGUAUGAAUUAGAAACAACUAAGGCAAACCCAUAUACUCUUUUUGCCUUCUCUUUCAUCAUUGAAUCCCUACUUUUCCAUACCAACGUUGUUCAAGUAUCGCACUCAUCUUCUCUCUCUCACCAAAUCUCCAUGUACGCACUUUCUUUAUAUUCUCAUCCUUUCUUUCUAAUAUCAACUUCAUUUGCAUACACAACUCACUCACUCUCUCUCAUCAGCCAUCUUUCUCUCUCUUCCUGUGAAUUCCUUUUAAGACCAGAAUUGUUAAGACAUGGUUCCCAUGUUUUCUCUCACAUUCAAUGGCCAUGCACCCACUUUUCUCUCUCCUUAAAAUCAUAUAAUACCACAGUAUCGGAUACCCACCAUUUGUUCGACAAAAAAACUGAACCAGAUCAAGUUUUGCUAUCUUUUUUCCAAAACAACAGUUUUGGAAUCAAACACACCAAAUACACGCUUUGCACUGUUCUCAAUUCAUGCUCGAAGCUGCUUAAUCUCCCUCUAGGCCUGCAACUCCACACUCAAAUCGUAAAAUUGGGUCACAAAGAAAACCUCUUCUUGUCCAGUGCCCUUCUUGACUUGUACUCGAAAUGUGGAUUCAUGGCUAUGGCAGAAUCAGUUUUCUAUACAAUGAAAGAACAUGACGAGGUCUCGUGGACUUCGAUAAUUGCAGGGUGCUCACAAAAUGGCCGUGGCCAAGAAGCUCUCGAGCUUUUCAUUGAGAUGGUAAAGGAAGAUAUAAAGCCCAAUAGCUUCACUUUUGCUAGUGUUAUCAAUGCUUGUACAGGUUUAUCCGCUCUUGAUCAAGGUACACAAAUACAUGUCCAUGUAAUCAAAAUUGGGAUAGAAAGCAACAACUUUAUAGCCGCCUCUCUCAUUGAUAUGUAUGCUAAAUUUGGCGACAUGGGUCGAGCUAAAAUAUUGUUUGAAACCUCCAUUCAAAGUGAUAUUGUCAUGUACACUUCCAUGAUCACUGGUUAUUCUCAAAAUUUACAGUGUCAAGAAGCUCUGAAACUCUUUCUAGAUAUGCAAAAUGAAGGAAUGGGUUGCUCCAAAUUCACAUUCGCUAGCCUUUUGAACUCUUGUGGGAGCUUGGCAGCCAUGGAACAGGGGAUACAGAUCCAUUCUCUGAUAAUUAAGAACGGUUUUGAUUCAAAUGUUUUUGUAGCCACCUCUCUCAAUGAUAUGUAUGCUAAAUGUGGGUGCAUAGAUGAAGCUCGAAAGGCUUUCGAUGAUUCUAGGGAGAGAAACAGUUUCCUUUGGAGUGCCAUGAUCAUGGGUUAUGCUCAAAAUGGACAUGGGACCGAAGGGUUGAAGCUUUUCGAGGAAAUGGUCGGUAGAGGCUUCAAACCAGACCAUGUUUGCUUCAUUGGUGUCUUAACAGCUUGUAAUCAUGGUGGGUUCUUAGACAAAGGGGAGUACUAUUUCAAUUCAAUGAAAGAUAAAUAUGGGUUGGCUCCAAAGCUUGAUCACUAUGCUUGCAUGGUUGAUCUCUAUGGUAGGACUGGUCAUCUAAAGAUGGCCAAUGACUUGAUAGAUGAGAUGCCACUAAAGCCCAAUUCAGUUAUGUUGAGCUCACUGUUAGGUGCUUGUAAGGUUCAUGGAGAUGUAGAGCUUGGAAAACAAGUUGCAGAUAAGCUUUUUGAGAUGGAACCAAAUAGUUUAGCAGCUCAUGUCACACUUGUUGGUAUUUAUGCAAAGGCUGGUUUGUGGGAGGAGGUGGCAAAGGUUAGGAGGUUGAUGAGAGAGAGUGGGGUGAGGAGGAGGACAGGGUGCAGUUGGAUUGAAGUUGGGAAGAGAAUGCAUGCUUUUGUUGCCAAUGAUAGGGCACACCCUUUCUCACUAGAGAUCUAUGAGGUUUUGGAUUACUUGUCAUUGGAUAUGAGAGAGGCCAUGCACAAUGUAAUUUAAUUAUGGAUGCCAUAGAAGCACAUAUUCACAGAACUUACUUAAGAAUAAGGGUGAGAAUGGGGUGGGUGGCUCGGCCUGGCCUGGCCUGGCCUAGUCAGCCUGACCCUAAAAGAUAAUGGCCUAGUAGGGCUACUACGACCCUGGGUUCUGUCGGACCUGCCCAGAUCUAUUGUUCUUCGCAUAUUUUUAUUUUUAUUUUUUUUCAAUAGGCCUAACCAUCAUGACUAGGGCUGGGCUUGGGCCAAGGCCCCUUUGGCCAUGUUAGGGUCAGGCCAUGCCUGGGCCUGGCCUAUGGGUAUCAAGGCCGAGCCUAGGCCAUGGCAAUCUGGCCCGAUGCCAGUCGUACUUGGGAAGAUUUUUUUAAGGAAAAGUUUAUAUGUA